GAUCAGCUGCAGUAGCAGCAGCAACAGCAGCAUUUUCAAGAUGUUCCCGAGAGUCUCAUGGAUUGCCGUGACAAUAAUCGUGUUAUUUUGCGUUUAUACUUACGCUCAACUCGUGUCGUUAGUCUGUUUAGGCUGUUUAUGCGAAGUUAGCACAGGAUGUAAUAUUAGUAUUGGUUGUAACAAUAUGGUAUGUGGACCAUUUUCGAUAACAAAAUAUUACUGGACUGAUGUUGGCAAACCACCUCCAAUGGGCGAGUCGAGCAGUGAUGACGAUGCUUUUCGCAAUUGUGUUAAUGAUUUGUAUUGUGCUGGUUAUACGGUACAAGCCUAUAUGGCUAAACACAGUAAGGACUGUAACGGAGAUGGAGUAAUCAAUUGUGAUGAUUAUGUACGUCUUCAUCGACUUGGCUCAGCCGGCUGCAACAACUCGCUAAGCCGUGAUUAUGAGAAUAAAUACAAAUUAUGUUUACAAACCUUCGAACGUAAAUAAUAGAGAUACAUCUUUUAUUAUUUUUUAUGUAAAUACAAAUCAACAUUAGUAGACGUGUUUAUACUAACAAGGAAAGAGCACAACUGUCUCCCUCUGAUUUUAAUGAGCUUUUAAUAUGUUAUUCUCCAGACAAAAUAAGCGACACGUAUUUUUUUUAUACGUGU